AUGAUGCAUCAUCCAUGGCUGAAAAGCCAACCAGCAAAUGAUCAAAAUGUGGAAUCAAUGCAUGGAGAUCAUGUCAUUCCAAAGACAUCAUCGGUACAUGCUUGUAGUGAUUUGGGAAAUUCAAAUGAGAGAGAUAGCACCAUAAUUGAGAUUGGAGGAGAUCAUGAAGGGUAUCAUCAAACAAUUAGAAGGUCGGUUUCCAUGAAUGAUCGUCAGAAUCAUCGAGUUUUAGUCGCUGAUAUUCUGAGCAGGAAUGAUGAAGAAGACAAGGAGGACGAUAUGAACUCAGAGUCAGAUGAUAUUGUUGAAGGAGUUGGCAAAUCUAGCCAUAGAAAAUGGGUGCUCCUGCAUUGUGUUAUGAGUUCUGUUGCAAUGAAGAGAUCAUUCUCAAGUGCAAGAUUCUUUCCCACUAGACCUUCAAGAGCUCGAAAUACAGUACUUCCAGUCUAG